AUGAGCACCUCACUCACAGGUCUCCGCACAGGUCUCCGCGCCGGUCUCCAAGCCCCGAUGCUUCGGCCCGCCUCUGCGAUCUCACGAAACCUAGCAACCACCGCGAUCGCUCUUCGUCCCAACACUCCCUCCGCCUCCAUCAACUCGGCCUCUUCCUCCCCUUCCACCACCAACCCCGUCACUGCUAUUGCUCAACGCGGAUCAAACCAGCUCAGCCUCGAGACGCCUCGGAACGGAGCAGGCAAGUCCAUGCUUAACCCAGCUGACGACAGAAUAUGUCCUGUCCACGCUCGACAAGGUGGUCAAUUGGGCUCGUCAGGGUUCCAUGUGGCCAAUGACAUUCGGUCUCGCUUGCUGCGCCGUAGAGAUGAUGAUCGACUCGGUGUCGUCUUCCGAGCUAGUCCUCGACAGAGUGACAUUAUGAUUGUCGCCGGGACAUUGACCAACAAAAUGGCACCUGCGCUGAGAAAGGUGUACGACCAAAUGCCUGAACCUCGAUGGGUCAUCUCGAUGGGCUCCUGCGCCAACGGUGGUGGCUAUUACCACUACUCGUACUCGGUGGUGCGCGGAUGCGACCGCAUCGUUCCUGUGGAUAUUUACGUGCCGGGAUGCCCUCCCACGGCUGAAGCGUUACUGUAUGGUAUGCUCCAGCUCCAGCGCAAGAUGAGGAGGAACCGAGCAGGUGUCCGUUGGUACAGAAAGUAG